AUGGGCGCUAUUCACAAGUUUGACCUCACUUCCGACGUUACACACCUGCUCGUUGGCGACGUCGAGACGAACAAGUACAGAUACGUGGCAAAGGAAAGACCAGAUGUCAAAGUAGUCCUCCCGCAAUGGCUGGAGGCUGUACGCCUGUCAUGGAUGGAGGGGGGCGAGACAGAUGUUGCCGCACUCGAGACAGAACACAAAGCCCCGCCAUUGUACAAACUGCGCCUGAGCAUUACCGGGUUUGAUGACCUGCUCUUUCGACAGAGCCUGUCGGAAACGAUCAUCUCAAACGGUGCUCAUUAUUCUGGCGAUCUCACAAAGCAGACCACCCACCUGCUCGCGGCACGCCCAGAGGGCAAGAAAUACGGCUAUGCGCGCCAGUGGGGCAUCAAGGUCGUUUCCCUGAAAUGGCUACAAGAUACCAUCACGAGAGGCAUGGCCCUCGACGAAGCCGCCUAUGAUCCGCUAAAACCAGAAGAAGAGCAAGGCAAAGGCGCAUUCACCACCCUCACAACAACAACAACAGUCGUCACUGGCAAGCGCUUACGACCCGAGCAGCAACACGAGGCCUCGGGCGAACCCCAGGUCCGGAAAUUGAGACGGACUGCGAGUACAAAGCUGGGCAGCCAGAACGAAAGCAUCUGGGCAGACAUCACAUCGCACUCUGCCACUGAUAGGCGUAGAAGUGACGGUCAGUGGCUUGACUUGGACAAGACGUCUAGUGAAAGCGCAAUCCUAUCACUUGUCCCUCCUGCUGCAGCCAGCGCACACGCGCCUGAUGUCACAGCCGAGGCGGUUCCGGAACCUCGCGCCCCGGUGCUGGAGCUUGUACAGCCAGAGGAUGGCAUUUUCCAGAGAAGAGUAGUGCAUAUCCAUGGGUUCGAUGAGAAAAAGACCACCAUUCUUCUCCAACAUCUGUCGGCCAAUGGUGCCAUGGCCUGUACAAGACCGGCUGAGCUAGCGGCAUUACCUUUGGAGAAGUUGGAAGACGGCUUUUUGAUAGUCCCGGAUGAUGCCCCUGUGACGCGACUCCCUCCACUUCCCGAGCUGGCUCAAAGGCUGCUUAAAGUGACUAACUGGUGGGUGGAGAAAUGCCUCCACAACAAAACCCUGAUCGAUCCAACGGAAGACGCCUUGUGCAGGCCAUUCGCCAAAAUCCACAUCAAUGGCGCGGUGUAUGACGAAUAUCUAAAGCCAACCACCUCGGUCCUGAUCUGCGGUCCAUUGUCGGCCAACAAGGAAAAGCUGUCACUGGCCGCCAAGAACAGCAUUCCUGCUGUCACACAGGACUGGCUCUCACAUUCCAUUGAAUCGGGUGAGAGGAGACCGUACAAGCAAUACUUGGUCCAGCCGAUUCGCUCGAUCAACCAUGAGACAGGGGAACAGGCGAUUGAAAAGCCAAAGCCCACGAAACAACUGCCCGAAGAAGAGAAGAGCGCGGUAUCCAAAGGCAAGUCCGGCGCGAGUUCGGAACGAGCAGCAGCACAUGGAAGAGUCCCACAGCGGCCGACAAACGGCAAGACGAAACGGAAGCUUGGUGGUGAGCUGCCACCACAAAAUCUAGGUCGCCCUGACGACAGCAUCUCCAAGCCGCUUGCUGAGCUUCCUCAAGCUACCACGUCACCUCGCCGUCGCUCCGCAACAACAUCGACCAACACGUCUAACAAAUCUCACAAGUCGGCGUCAGAGCAAAACUUGGACCAACCGUCACGACCAUCCUCACCAGACCCGGAGCCCGUGAUGGCCGUGGAGCAGCCCCAUCUCGAGAAUGCUAUAGCUGCGCUGCGUGCACAGAAGCAGGCCGCCCGAGCACCGUCUGCCGCGGCCCCUGAGAUGCUCGAGACCAACCGACAGCGACGAAGGCGGGGAUUGUUAGGCCGAGCCCACUCAUCCGCCACAAGCAACACUUCCACGGGCGACCCAGACUCGCACGUCUUGACCAACCACGCCGAAGCCAGCAGUUCCAACGUCGUCGAAGCGCCCGAGUCAUGGCCGCAGCAAAAUGCCGACUCCGCCGCCGCCGCUGUGGUGGAGCAGGAAGCCCCGCCGCAGACCCAGUUGGUCUACGACAACCCGGAAGCCAGACGGGCAAGGGAGAUACUCCUCGCCAAGAUGGGCGGGAAGAUGGAAGAGGAAGCGUCGCCGGCCAAGGGGAUUGGCGUGGUCAAGGAUCUCGGCGGUGGUAGUAGUAUCGGCGCCGGCUCCGGCGUGACUGGCGGAACCACCACGCGGCAGGCCCGCCGAAGACGAUGA